GCAAUUCCAAAAUAGGAAUAGAGAAAUCUUCCUGAAAAUCGCUAGUAGAAGAGAUGGCUUAAUGUUGCUGACCACAUGAGAAGAAACAUGAGAAGAAUUGACUGACAGAAGGAGAAGGCACCUGCAUGCAACUCAUAAUUGCAGUGCAGAGUUCACAUCGCGGAAGAUGAAGUCGGGGGUGCGGAAGAUGACGAAGCUGAAAACGAUGGACAAGAAGGGAAAUCUUCCAGCAUCUUUUAUAUCUUCCGCGGGUCUGUCUUUUUUCUAGUUAGGUCGGCUCCACCACAAAUAAUAGGAAUACAAGAACAAGAAGGUGGAAAAAUAUUCGCGAGGUGAAGAAGUAGAAGAAGAUGGUGGAGAAGGUGAGCAUCGGAGAGAAAAAGCGAAAAGCUAGGCCUCCUCGUUCAUCCCAGCAUCUUCCAGCAUGCUACUUCCGUAGAGGAGCAGCCACUCUAGCUGCCGCCACAACAGCAUUUUCCGGCAUAGCAGUAGUAGCUCGAGAUAGAACCACCACCGCGGAUCAAGCACAAAUAGAUCCAAGAAGAACUAGUGGACGAGGUAGUGUGAAAGUGAAUGAAGAACCUGCGGAGCAGCGGAAGCUGAUGCAGCGUGAGAAGAGUCGAUCUUCGUCAACGAAAGCAUCUUCUAGUUCUUCAUUUUCUAGUCGUGCAGGAGGAGCUUCGAGCGGUAGUAGAUCUCCUGCUGAGGAGGAGGAAAGAGACAUAUUCUAUCAUUCCGGCAACGGACAGCGACAGGGAGAAUUAUCUGCAAAUGGUGAGCAUGUUGGUAGUGGAGGAGAAGGUCCUUCAGCAUCGUCAUCGUCUGACUACACGAGCAGCAGAAGCACACAUGGACGAGAAGAUGCAGGUUCAUCGAGGAGAGCAGCUGCAUCAUCAUCUUCUUCAGCAGGAUCAAUAGAUGACGGGAACAAGCAUAUCGAUGGACCAGAUAAUUUUUACGCUUAUGCAACAUCGUCAAAUAUUGAUCAUGCAGGAAGAAGUGUGCAUCAACAUCAACAUCAAGGUGUGAGAAGCAGCAAUAGUGGUCGUGUUGGGAAACAUGAAGAUGAAAAAGACUUUUUUGACCGUCUUCGUGAUUUCGCUAUGGCCAUCGACACUAGCAUUGGAAAUGUCAGAUCUACUGUGCAAGAAGCCGCGAACGGUCUAGCACGCAGCUUAGGAAGGAGAGAAACUCUGGGUACUAGUGCAGCUGGUCGUGGAGCAGCUCCUGGCACACCUUCGACUGCACUAGAAGGAACUCCAUCAUUUUCUUCACCAGCACGAAAUGAAAAGGAUAGAAAAGGACAGAGAUUCGACCCUGGCCUUGCUAGACACUGGAUUGACGCAGAAGGUGAACAGAGCGUCUGGCAGGACUCUACAGGACAGCCUCGUACUUUGCUGACUACACCAGUGCGAGAAACCUACUCAGCAUGGAAAGAGGCAGAGAAGAGCGGUCUUCAUCAGGGGACAAGUAGUAGGAAUUUGGCGGGUGCAUCCUCGGCGUUGGAAAUGAGAUAUGGAAAGAAAUGAUACCUCCUGUCAAAGUCAAUUGUCAUUUUCAUUCUCGAGGAGACAUAGCUAGGCCGACUCACAAUAUCCACGUCAAUUGAUUUCUGUUGCAGAAGGUGAGCAGCCAAAAAACCCCUCCUCUUGUGCCAUUUCCUCUUCUUCAUACCCCCAAAGAGGCCGAACAGCAGCAGCACCUACCCAUGGACUAUCCCCGACGAUUGCAGAGCACCUCAGCAUCUGCGCAGGCUGCGCGAGUUUGGGGUAUAUUCAAUGCAGAUCAUCAACCUGACGGGUGGCGUGUUAGCGAAGUAGCAUUCUACGAAGAUGACGGUUGCAACCAACAGUUGACGCCAUAUAGCUUGCGCAGUGGACCAAGCGCGGAUUCCGGUAUACAACUUAGCUACCUUUUGUAAAAUGAAGAUAAGUGCGGAAGAUUCCGGUAUACUUAGCUAUCUUUUGUAAAAUGAAGAUAAGUGCGGAUUCCGGUAUACUUAGCUAUCUUUUGUAAAAUAAACCACGUAAGGGAAAGAAGACGAUACAUUACGGUUGAGCAGGUUAUUUGUGAUGGACAUGGAUCACAUCAGAAAACAAUCUUCUACUUUCUUUUUUCGGCUCAAGAACUUUCAUUGGUCUUUGGGGUCAAGAGUAAGCAGGGUUGGCGGCCCUGCCCUCGUGCCUUGUAGGCCGGCGCAUAAGAGUGGGACGGUUGGCAGCCGGUGGAGGUUUAUAGUAAUUAAUUAAUUACCUCCUUUGCCCCUAGAUUUUUUCUCCAUCAUAUAAUCGACUAGUUCGUAGGCAAUUAGUGCGCAGUAGUAUAAGGAGGUUAAUGCACUCCACCCGUCGCCGGCAGGUACACCGGACAACACUGGGGCCACCCUUUCGGCGUUCUCGGACUACAAAAAAAAAACAUCAAAGGGGAGACCCUCUGAGAGAACAGAGGAAAACUAAGGGAAAACAAGGGGACGAGAGGCAAGGGGCAUUUUUCUUGCAGAAUCUGUGACCGCUGACUGCUGACCUUUAAUACUACCUCUUAAAAAAAAUCAACUCAGCCGUAAUGGGUCCUUCCUCUAUCCCUGGAGAAGGAUCCACAGAAGAGGUGGAUAUGACCACGUGUCUGACGUCCAACGUUCGUGGCAUUCCGAACAAAGCACUUGAUGGCUUCACGAACACCAUGUGGGCAGCGGAAUGCUGUCCGUGUCCACCGAAUACAGCCUAUAUCGGAGCAGAUUUUGGAAACCCGGUGAUAGUGAAAUGUGUUAUAAUCACGCAAGUGCCUGGGUAUUUAUUUCUUUGAGAAGUUUUUUGGAUCCUGCUAUGGCGUUUUUGAGAUUUCUGAUACCUUCGUCUGCAUGUGAUUUCUUUGUGACCUCGUACUUGUAUACAGUUUUAGUGCCUUUUUUACAGUCUCUUUUUACUAGACUCAAAGUGAUCUCGUACGUUUAGUUUUAGUCUCUAGUCUCUUUCAUACGCUUAAAUAGUGUAUAAUCAGGUACCACGCAAAUUCCGUUACCUUGAUGAAGGAAACAGGCCUCUUGCAAGUAGGGACGAACAGUCUGUGGGGUCCAGUCGUGACGUGGACUGACCUUUAUCCGGACUACAACAGGGUGUAUUCGGGAAUCAAGAUUAUGGCACGAAGAUAUUCAACAAAACGACCAGGAUCACGGGUACCUGCUCCUUAGUGUCAGUCAAAACUACAACAUAUUAAUCGCGUCAUCACUCUCAAUUAAUAUUGAUGUUCUCUAAUCGGAUAAUACCGGCUAAGUGAAGUGAGAUCAUUUCAUUUAAGUUAAGUCAUGGCUUUGUGAAGUCCUUUGCAUGUAUUCUCUAAUUUCCUGGACGACAUGAGCGUAACUUUCGUGAAGCAGGGAUUCAAGCACUGUUUUACUGCCAUGUACGGACCACAGUAUGGCGGUGCUCGAGGGCUGCAGGAAGCCGAAAACGCCUGCAAGGGGGACAAAAACUGUCAGGGAGUCUAUCAGCAGUCUUGUGAUUAUGGAAGUAGGUCAUAUUUUUAGCGUUGGUCCCCAUAUUUUUUGGCGUUGGCCCCUUCUUCUGAAACAAAUCAGGAAGUUCAAGUUUUCCACACCAAACAAGAACAAGCUUUUUAACAAACAUUAUUAAGAUCUUAAUCUAUCUUUUGCACUACGGGGAGUCAAUCUCUCUCGACGUCGCUUCUAACAUUCGCCUUUGGUGUACACUGUAUUGCUGUCGAAUAUUCUGGACAUGCAGGGCUUGAGAAAUGCGCUUUUUCCAGUGCAGGAUACAACUACUCCAAUGCCGGGACUGAACACGCCAGCACCACCUGAACCAGAGGUAGCGUGCCUAGAUGUUUUUAGGAAUGCCUAUGCUGGUCGAAAAGGUAUCAUCUGUUGCUGAGUCAAUUACAGGAUUUUCUGAGAGGGUAAGUCUAGUACUCACGAAUUCUACUGGAAACUUCCACUUGCUAAGGGUAAGAAGUCAUCACCACUUCAACGGCCAUCUUCAGGUCCGCACAAACGUGCUGCUCCCAAGUGGUCAGAUGCUGCUCGAGGGUUCGAGAACUACAUUCAAUAUGUGGAACGCGACCGAUUUCUCUCCGCCGAUUCCUGUAACUAUGCAAACCUAUCCCAAGUACGGAAUAGUCCGCAUGUGCACGCGAAACGUGCUAGACGCUUUGCAGGAAAGUGCGGAAGGCAGCUGUGUGUGGAAGAAGACGGUAGCUGCUAUACAUAGAUUUUAUAAUAUGUAAAUGUCGACGUCGAGUGGUGAGAUGUUCGCACGCCAUUGCGUGCAUGGGCGCGGGACUGUCCACGCUGGUGGGGCAGUCGUCUCUGACGCGCCAGGUGCUUUGGAAGCUUCUGCUUUCCUAUCUUUACUCACAUUUUUCCAAUUUUUUUCCAGUGCGCCGGCCAUGAUUUCGUAUCAUCUUCCUUUUUCGAACUUCUUCUCUUUUACAAUAACAUCCAGGGCGCCAUGAUUUCGUAUCUUCCAUUUUCGAAUUUCGAAGUGAUGAAGAACUUUCCGGGUUUAGUGGAGCUGGCUACGAUUUACAGGGAGAUGGUCAGCGAUUGCGCGAGCACGUGUCUGACAACGCCAUCAUGCACAUCUUUUCAGUUUUUGAUCAGGCGCGAAGCGAAAGUGCCACCGCUAAACUGCGAACUUUUUUUAUGGAAUUGUCGAUCGUCGGGAUCUAAUAUUUCGUUUCAUUGAAGAAACAGUAGUUAGUACUUUUUAAGAAGUCAAAAUUACCAUACGACUAAUCAUAAACGACAACGACCUAUAUAUAUGGAUAGAGCGACGUAAGAUCUUGUCUCUUCAACAACUGGGUCUCGGGGUCUACUACUUCUGAAUAUGCAUAAUAGCUAAAGAAAAUGAAAAAUCGGAUUCAUCUCAUAUAGUUCUAACCUCCAGCAUGCCGGAUGACUUCGCGCCGCCUGCAGGCCUCCGAAAGACUGAUGGCGUGGUGAAUAUCAUCGAUUUUUAUCAAUACGAUACAUGGAACGCAUCCACGCUGAUCGAAGAAACCACGACUCAGGGAUUCUCCUUUGCGACGAGGAAGACAGGGACGAUCUUCACUUUCCUACUUGCGCCAGUGCUUGUGGGAGUGAUGCCAUUGUUAAGCUUGACCUUGUAUUAGUGUGGCAGUAACAAGACGACUAUGUUGUCAUAAGUAGUUAUCAGGCAGAGGAGGAGUCUGUCAAUUUGAAUUUUGAAUACUUACUUUUUUACUUUGAUGAUGUUCAUUUCACUUGAAAUAACUUUUUACCUUCGUUUCGACAGGUACUAGCAUCACAAGAAAAUUGGAGAAAAACAGAAUCCAUAUGCAGCUGUGGUGUUGGUCGUUCUCGUUUUGAGUUAAUUUUCUUUUUGAAAAUGGUUUUGCCUGUUGGUCAUCAAGAAAAUUUUGAUUUAUUGAAUAGUUGUUUCGCUGGUUCUCAAUUGAUUUUGAUUCGGUAGUUUUUGCUAAGUAAGGGGGGCGAUGAAUAGGACUAGAAAUAGCGGCGCAUGCAUAGGGUUACUAGAAGAAGAACAAAAACUCAAACGGUUUUUAUGAGCUUGUUGUAGUAGUGAGUUGUUGUAGAUAACUUUUUUGAAUAUGGAAUUGAAUGAAUUGAUUGAUUGAAUGAAUCAUAUCGUGACCACAUCGAUCGUUUCUUGUAAAUCAACAGGUAGCAAGAGUAACUUCUAAAAAGAAAAGGUAGUCAUACAUCCUUACCUCAGGGUGCUCCUCGUUUCCAUCCCAUUCUUGACAGAUUUCCUAGAAAAAAUAGUCUUGCAUUUGCAAGGUGCAUCUUUUUUAUAACCGAUGCACAGGAGUAGAUUUCGAAGAAAGAUUGAGACUUGCUUCUGCAAUAAUGUUGCCUGAUCUCCACGAUAAAAUGAAGACGCACAGCAAGUGAAACUAUGAAUGGUGGCUACUUUCUCGUUUUAUGGACAGACCUUUAUGCUUAUGCAGCAAGCAAAAAAUGGCACGUGCGCUCUCUCUAUAAAGCAACAUUAUGGUGAGUGUGUGUCUCUGUGAUGCGUUUAGGAACAACAUCGGAGAAAUAAGAAAAUAGUUGGAAAGGAACGAAGUGUGCUACCGCAUGUGUGUGUGU